CGUCCAGUCAGAAGCCGCUGUACUAUGGGCACGUAAGCCCUUCAUCAUUUCUUUAUUGUGCGCGCGUCAGAUGUCUCGUUUAUUGCAGAGGGCGACGCUUUCAGACGUGCAAACUCCCAGAAGCGACUAAAGAAACAAGAUCUGCUCCAAAGCGACGCGUUUGAACAUGAAACCGCGUGCAAACCGGGCACGCUUUUUGCGCGAAGGUAGAUAGUUGUCUCCACCGACACUUUUGGGGAUGAUGGGCGUGCACGGAUAGCAGUCGUGCGUUUUUUGGGGGAUUUUCAUUUGCAAAGCGCGCUGACCGGCUUGAUGUAAAGUUCUCAGAGCGCUUGCAAAAAGAAAAUAGUUGUUCACCCGGAGGAGCGCAGAGGAAAGAGGAGAAGAAACGAUGUGGAGGCAUGAAGCUCCGUCCGUGUGAUCGGGACCGCUACGGUACGACACCUGCUCCUGCUUCUCCAGAAAAGUGCCAUCCACUGUGAGGUAGGGAGGAGGAAGAGGAAGAGGCAGACGGUCCUUGGAAGUCUUCUCCUUUUCAUGGAUGCCAGGGUGGUCCUGCUGCACCUAUGGACGGCCUGUGGUGUCCUCCUGUCCCUGGAGCUCCUGUGUUCUGACGCUGAGGUCUACACCAACACGUGGGCUGUCCAGAUCAGAGGAGGGCCGGAAGAGGCAGACCGGAUUGCGAACGAGCACGGAUUCACCAACCUCGGCAAUGUUUUCGGAGAUUAUUAUCACUUCAAGCAUCACGCGGUGGAGAAGAGGGCUUUGUCAGGCCAUGGGACUACACACAUCCGACUACAAAAAGAUCCCCAGGUCCUGUGGGCGGAGCAGCAAGUCGUGAAAAUUCGAAAGAAGAGGGAUGUGUUUGAAAACCCCUCAGACCCAGACUUCCCCAAGCAGUGGUAUCUGUCUGACCCAGCGCACCAGGACCUGAAUACCAAAGAGGCCUGGGCUCAGGGCUACACAGGCAGGGGCGUGGUGGUGACCAUCCUGGACGAUGGCAUCGAGAAGGACCACCCAGACCUCAUCACCAACUAUGACCCUGAGGCGAGUUAUGAUGUUAAUGAUGGAGACGCUGACCCUCAGCCUCGGUACACACAGAGAAACGAGAACAGACAUGGGACUCGCUGUGCUGGAGAAGUUGCAGCCAUAGCCAACAAUGGUGUGUGUGGAGUGGGCGUGGCCUACAAUGCUAAAAUUGGAGGUGUUCGCAUGUUGGAUGGGGAGGUGACAGACGUGGUGGAGGCUCACUCUCUUAGUCUGAAUCGACAGCAUAUCCACAUCUACAGUGCCAGCUGGGGCCCGGAGGAUGAUGGGAAGUCUCUGGACGGUCCUGCCAAACUGGCCAAAGAAGCGUUCCUCCAGGGAAUCACCCAGGGGCGCGGAGGUUUGGGCUCCAUCUUUGUGUGGGCCUCGGGGAACGGCGGCCGGGAGCAGGACAGCUGUAACUGUGACGGUUACACCAACAGCAUCUACACUCUGUCCAUCAGCAGCUCCACGCAGUCUGGGAACGUGCCCUGGUACAGCGAACCCUGCUCCUCCACACUCGCCACCACCUUCAGCUCCGGGAACCCAGGGGAGAAGCAGAUUGUGACCACAGACCUGAGGCAAAAGUGCACAGAGUCUCACACGGGGACGUCAGCCUCGGCUCCACUCGCAGCGGGGAUCAUCGCUCUGACACUGGAGGCAAAUAUGAACCUGACCUGGAGGGAUAUGCAGCAUCUGGUGGUGAGAACAUCCCUGCCCAGGCAUCUGAGCACCGGAGACUGGAGGACCAAUGGAGUGGGGCGCAGAGUGAGUCACUCGUAUGGAUACGGUCUCCUGGACGCUGGGGCGAUGGUAGCUCUGGCUCAGAACUGGACCUCAGUGGGCCCUCAACAUGAGUGUGUGAUCAACAUGCUCACAGAGCCCAGGGACAUAGGGGACAGACUGGUGAUCAGCAGGACAGUGGACGCCUGCUGGGGACGGCUGGAGUAUGUCAGCUCCCUGGAGCAUGUGCAGGCUCGCAUCACUUUGUCCCAUAACCAGAGGGGCAAACUGGGCAUUCACCUGCUCAGCCCACUGGGCACACGCGCCACUCUGCUCUUCCCCAGGCCUAAUGACUUCUCCACAGAGGGUUUCAAUGACUGGGCCUUUAUGUCCACACACUCCUGGGAUGAGGAUCCACAGGGAGAGUGGACCCUUGAGAUUGAGAACAUGGCGGCUAAUAGUCGUGACUAUGGUGUUUUGAGUCAGUUCACUCUUAUCUUAUGGGGAACUGGGCCGAGUGUUGUGAACCCGUCUUCGUCGGAUUUCCCUCGGCCGUCCAACAACAGCUGCAAGACUUUUGAUGCUCAGCAGAUUUGUAUUGAGUGCAGUCCGGGGUUCUCCCUCUUCCUGCAAGGCUGUGUGAAGCUCUGCCCUCCAGGCUUCACCUCGGGGCUCCAGCUGCUGAACCUGUCUCUGGAGAACUGGGUGGACCUCUCCUCCGUACAGGCCUGUCUGCCCUGUCACGCAGCUUGUCUCACCUGCUCCGGCCCUGGUCCCACAGACUGUCUCUCCUGCCCCCCUCACAGCCACCUGGUGCUCAGCUCCUGUCUACACCAGAACCAGGUGCAGCGCAAGUCCCCCUCAUCAGGAGGGGCCCAGAGAGACAAGGGGUCAGAGCAGGCAGGUGCGGGCCCAGCCUCAGACUCUGACAGCACAGACAGGGGCUCCUCUCCUCUACCCACAGUGCUGGCUGUGCUCAGCUGUGCCUUGGUCCUGGUUGUGUUUGUGGGGCUCUUUUUGCUGCUGCAGAGGCGCUGGGGCCGCCCUGCCCAGAGCUGGAGGACCACACUGCCCUCUGUGUACUCUCACAGCAGGGGCAUACGCCUGGGGUUUCACUGCAGCCAGCACUCCCACAGGAAAGCCAAGAUCUGCUACAAGGGGAUCCCCACCGUGUGGGGCGAUGAGGACAUGAUCACGUACGAGUCUGAAUCAGACAGCGAGGAGGUGGACAGCCACAGUGAGCGGACAGCUUUUAUCAAGACACAGAGCUCCAUUUAAGUCCACGAGGGGAGGGAGUAAUAGGUCCAGAGCUAAGCCUUUGAGAGCCUCUCAUCAGCAUUUCUGUCUGACUGAGGCAGCUCAGAAAACCCAAUCAAGUAAGAUCCACUUCCUGCUGCUCCCUGAUUGAUUCUAUCACAGAGGGACCAUCUUUAUUGUGUCAGUCUGUUGACAUCUAAUGCUUUUGUUAUUUGCUUAACACCAGUGUUUUUCAGCAAUAUACAGUGUUUACGCCUCUGUCUGGCAUAAAUCCUCUCUUUACCAGCCUAGCCACACUUUGUCCAGUUCAUUAAACAAGAAGAGCGCAUUAGUCUGCCCUCACCCCAAACAACUGUCCACGCAAGCACUGCUCUUGUUAAUUGGCCGUUUUAUUCACACAUUCAGGGGUUAAGAAGUGUGAGUUAGACAGAGUACUCAUUAAAUGUGGAAAACUUUAAAUUGAACAUUUGUGCUGAGGUUAAAAAGUAAAAUAUCCACCUGGCUGCUGGGUAAAGAGAGUAUUAUGUGUGUAGAUCUUAGUUCAGAUUCAGAAACAGAUACCAGUCACAAAACAGUUUGCCCUGUAUCAAGGUGUCUCAAUUUGCAAUAACAUUUGUAAUGCACUGAGACAUCCUGACCUUUACAAUGUUAUCUCUCUUCAGUUUUCUCCACAGAAAGUGGCUAUUGAUCAUGGGGCUUUUGUCCCAGAAUGUCCUGAUCAGUGGACAGCAUAUAUUUACCCUCUGUUUAAUUUAUGCCUCGUGUAAACAGCUACACAAAGCAUCCAAAGCCUUGAUGUAAAGGCCACAAUGGUUGUUGUGAAUAAAAAUGAGGAAGAAUGGGCAUUUUUGUAUGUUUGUUUUUGUAUCUUUUUUAUUUAACUGACGACA